GAGGCAUUCAAAUGCAAACUUUUCCUUGACCAGACUAGACCCCAAAAAACACAGGACAACCCGGGGAUAGAAAACAACGGAGAUUGUAUAGAUAAAACGUGCUGUUGUUUGAAACCGGGCAGAAGUCAACCGACUCGGGAGAUUCAAGAUGAGGAAGAUGCAACUGCUGGUUCAGACCCGAGACGGGCGGAAGAACAUCUACGAGGUGGAUCGCUUCGGAACGGUGGGCCAUCUCAAGGCCCGGAUUGGACGCGCCAUGUGCGUGCCCAUGGGCUUCAGUCGGCUGACCUACAAGGGUCGCGUCCUGUCCAAUCAGAGCGUCCUGGAGGACGUGGGCGUCAAGAGGAUGUCCACCCUGGAUCUCUGCUGGCAGCCGGUUGUCCUGACGCCCAAGCAGCUGAGCGAGAAGGAGGGGGAUCUGGACAAGCUGGAGCAGAAGCAGAACGUCGUGCAGUCGGGCAUGAUUGAGAGCUAUGGCGGGAUGGUCAAGGCAUCGAGCAGUUUUCAAGAUGUCGAGCCACCGGCUGGUGACAUCCCCAAGCCGGCGAACAGCUCCAAUUCACUGAUCCACGUGGAGGAGGAGGAGGAGGACGAUCUGGAGGACCCGGGCCUCGUAACCCCAUCAUCCGAUGGCCUCGAGUUCCUGGCCACCAACAGAAGUCCCCUGAAGUGCGAUGAUCUCGAUGAAAAGAAGAUGGCAGUGGAUCUGGUGCCUCUUAUAAGUCUGACCCCAGAUCCAUUGGUUCCACCAAAGAUUCCGGAGACCAGCGGUCCCAGCAAGUCCUCAAAUCCCAAGAAGAAGGGCAAGAAGAACCGCAAAAAGUAGACAGUUCUAUAUAUUUUGAAUUCCGUCUUUCCGCAUUGAAGUUCGAAAUUCUUUCCAAGCCACUUUUCAACCGACAUUUGGAAAUCCAAAUUUG